GCAUUUGGUUGAUUAGCAUUUCGCACGACAAUUAACAUUAAUUAAGCCACCAGAUAUCGGCGGCUAGUUAACAGAUAUGUUUGAAACUUAAAUAGCUAGCUUGCUAACGUGAUGUCGAGUGUGAUGAUGUAACGUUAGCCAAGACAUGGGUUGUAGCUAGUUUGCUAGUUGGAAGACCACUUAGCAAUGUAGCUAGCUAACUAACUAAUUCGAUAUGAUAUGUUGUGUCCAUUUAUGUACAGAGCUGUCUGUUAUGCCCUGCAGUAGUUUUAAUGCGGCAUUUGACGAUGCGGUUGAGGAGAGGGUGAUUAAUGAAGAAUACAAGAUAUGGAAGAAAAACACCCCUUUCCUGUACGAUCUGGUUAUGACCCAUGCUCUGGAGUGGCCGAGUCUCACAGCGCAGUGGUUGCCCGAUGUUACCAGGCCCGAGGGAAAGGACUUCAGCGUGCACCGUCUGGUGCUGGGCACGCACACCUCGGACGAGCAGAACCACCUGGUCAUCGCCAGCGUGCAGCUGCCCAACGAUGAUGCCCAGUUUGACGCGUCACACUAUGACAGCGAGAAAGGAGAGUUUGGCGGAUUUGGUUCGGUAAGUGGAAAGAUUGAGAUCGAGAUCAAGAUCAACCACGAGGGGGAGGUGAACCGGGCGCGCUACAUGCCCCAGAACCCCUGCAUCAUCGCCACCAAGACGCCAACCAGCGACGUGCUGGUCUUCGACUACACCAAGCACCCCUCCAAGCCAGAAAAUCCCUCUGGGGAGUGCACCCCCGACCUGCGCUUGAGGGGGCACCAGAAAGAGGGCUACGGCCUGUCCUGGAACCCCAACCUGAGCGGCUGCCUCCUCAGCGCCUCCGACGACCACACCAUCUGCUUGUGGGACAUCAGCACGGUACCCAAGGAGGGGAAGGUGGUGGACGCCAAGACCAUCUUCACCGGGCACACCGCCGUGGUGGAAGACGUCUCCUGGCACCUGCUGCACGAGUCGCUGUUCGGAUCGGUGGCCGACGACCAGAAGCUCAUGAUCUGGGAUACACGGUCAAACAACACGUCCAAGCCCAGCCACGCAGUGGAUGCCCACACCGCUGAGGUCAACUGCCUGUCAUUCAACCCCUACAGCGAGUUCAUCCUGGCCACCGGCUCAGCGGACAAAACUGUGGCUCUUUGGGACCUAAGGAACUUAAAACUGAAGCUGCACUCUUUUGAAUCCCACAAAGAUGAGAUCUUCCAGGUGCAGUGGUCGCCCCAUAAUGAAACUAUCCUGGCCUCCAGCGGGACAGACCGGCGACUCAACGUCUGGGACCUCAGUAAAAUCGGGGAGGAGCAGUCGCCCGAGGACGCUGAAGACGGCCCCCCCGAGCUCCUGUUUAUCCACGGCGGACACACAGCCAAGAUCUCAGACUUCUCCUGGAACCCCAAUGAGCCGUGGGUCAUCUGCUCCGUGUCCGAGGACAACAUCAUGCAAGUGUGGCAGAUGGCGGAGAACAUCUACAACGAUGAAGACCCCGAGGGGGCCGCGGACGCGGAGGUCCAGGGCUGAACGGCCGAGCGAGCCGCACCCCCCGCCCCCGCCCCGCCCCGCCCCACCCCACCCAC